AGAAGCUGAACACCCCUGAAAACGAUAUCCGCAAGGCUACCAAAGUCUUCGUUAUGAAAGGGGGCAAAGGCGUUAAUUAUCUACUGCCAAAAGGGUCUAAAAUAUAGACAGACUGUCAUCUAGACCGUAGAAUGUCAACGCUACAUGUAACUAUAUCUGUAUAGAUGUCAAUACCCCGAAUUGUAUAAAAAUGGUAUUAUAAAUGGGUUUCGCUGCUCAAACCGUAUUUUGUCUUUUCUUCCCUCUUCAUCUCCCACCCCACCCCAUCGCGAAGAUUGCAAACCAAAGUACAUAGCCAAUCCUAGAGUCUGGCACCGAUGUCUACUUUGGCCCUGAGAACUACUGCCUACCUUUUUGCCCCGCACAUAUCUUUUAAGAAUCGGAAGAUAAACUGUGUGUGAUGGUUUUGUAUCCGAGUUCUCUACAGAUGUUCUCCUCCACACUCUAAUGUGGAGCCUGUGCCGUGCGGGAGCUACCCAGCUUUAAUUGCAGAGGAUUUUGGACUGGUAAGCAAUUAAUCGAUUGAUCACCCAAAGGAUCAAAAGUCGAAAAUGCCGCGCCUGGAGCCGUCGCUCUUCCGGCGCGCCGGCAGAAUAUCCCCACAUCUCGCGACGCUUCUCCCGGCUUGCAGGACCAUAGAGUCGGCGCAAUUGGAGCUGCGAUGGAUCCGCCAACACGUAGCCGCUGCCUCAUAUCCGCGUCGAAACGGACGUGAUGCGCCCCCAACGCGCCGACACAGAGGUAGUGGUAGAUCUAGGCGGAAGAGGGGCGCCGAUGGCGGUGCGGCAGGGCCAGUGGAUGCCGUCGCCCGUCUCGUUGCGCGUCGCGGCGCCGGCGAGCCGCUGCAAUAUGUUCUCGGCUCGCAACCCUUCGCAGACCUCGACAUCCUCUGCGACAAGGGAGUGUUAAUCCCACGUCCUGAGACGGAAGCGUGGGUUUCCAAGCUUGCGGAUAUGGUGUUCUCUGCGCCGUUUUAUCGUCCCGAUAAGGAGGGGAAAGCAGUUGAGGAUUUGCGGGUUCUCGAUUUGUGCUCUGGGACCGGAUGUAUAGGCCUAUCGCUCUAUAUGUACGGUUUAAUGGAGCUGGGUCGAAGGCGACCGUUAAUGAUGAUGCAAGGAGCCCCGCCGUUGCGCGUUUUUGGGUUUGAUGUUGAACCGCGCGCGGUCCGUCUUGCGAAGAGGAAUCUGGCGCAUAAUUUCCAGGGAUCACAAUCUAGCUCAUUGAAUUAUGGGCUUUCUUUUGGGGAUAUGGUUAAAAAAGCUGUCACGUUUAGGCAAGCGGAUAUCUUUACCGAUGAGUGGAUGGCGUAUCUGGACGAGGGAGACGCAGUUCGAUACGAAGAUGAAGGAGAACAGACACGAAGAGUGGACAUUCUCGUCUCGAAUCCGCCAUAUAUCUCUCAGCGCGGAUUUCAGGUUGAUACAGGGCGCAGUGUGCGCAAUUACGAGCCGAAGAUUGCUCUUGUGCCAACUAAAUUACCCUUAACCACAAGCUGUGCGCCUGAGGACAUAUUCUACAAGCGCCUCCUUGAUAUCGCGGAUACGCUUCUUCCGCGCAUCGCCGUAUUCGAGGUCGGCGACAUGAAGCAGGCCAUCCGCGUAGUGGAGAUGGCUCUCGUACGCUCUAGAUCCCAACAACAUCUAGAAACGAACGGCACUGAACACAAGGAACAAGCAGCUUCCGGGUGGGAUGUCCUGGAGAUAUGGCGUGAUUCUCCAGACUCUCAGUUUUCAAACGACGAAGAACAACAAAUUAUAAAUGUAUGUGGUAGAGAGGUUCCUGUGCGAGGUAUGGGUCAUGGAAGGGUGGUUUUUCUUAUGAGGGUCGAAGAGUCGUAAGCCAACCCUGAUUUAGGGCCGUGAUCGUAAUAGGUUUCCCUGUCAAAAUCGAAAAUGUAUCAAUAGGGCGUGUAAUCUGGCUUGUAUCAGUGCACUUCACAAUCAAGCAAGGAUCUCCAGGCAUAAAGUCAUAAGUUCAAGUCGUUAGAUUUAUUCUAUCAGAAUCACGAACAUUUUGGACUCCUGUGUCAGGUGAUAUAGUCACAUAGACCCUAGGGGUGGCUGUAUUAGACCUACUGGCUAUAUAAAGGGGUGUUGGCCCCCCUUCGAGGGUUGGAGGGUUCAG